CUCCUCCCCUAAUGCAGACCGAGCAGAUCGCUCUUCCUGCGGUGUGACAGCAGCAGCGGCGGCGGCGGCGGCACUGGCGCAUUGUGUGUCUUUAAUAUUCAUUUGAUUCUUUUCUUCUCACACUGAGUUAUUAAUACAUCAUCAUCUGAUUUCCCUCCCUCUGGACGGACUGCAGGACGGAGCGGCUUCUCUACAAUGGCCAACAGAGAUGAUGAAUACGAUUUCUUGUUCAAAGUGGUUCUCAUCGGAGAUUCGGGCGUCGGGAAGAGUAACCUGCUGUCGCGCUUCACACGGAACGAGUUCAAUCUGGAGAGCAAGAGCACGAUAGGAGUGGAGUUCGCCACCAGGAGCAUCCAGGUGGACGGCAAGACGAUAAAAGCGCAGAUCUGGGAUACGGCAGGGCAGGAGCGGUACAGGGCCAUCACCUCUGCGUAUUAUCGUGGCGCGGUCGGCGCGCUGCUGGUGUACGACAUCGCCAAACAUCUGACCUAUGAGAACGUGGAGCGCUGGCUGAAGGAGCUGCGAGAUCACGCCGACAACAACAUCGUCAUCAUGCUGGUGGGGAACAAGAGCGACCUGCGCCACCUGAGAGCCGUUCCCACCGACGAGGCGCGCGCUUUCGCAGAGAAAAAUAACCUGUCAUUCAUCGAGACGUCCGCUCUGGAUUCGACUAACGUGGAGGAGGCCUUCAAGAACAUCCUAACAGAAAUUUAUCGCAUUGUAUCACAGAAGCAAAUCGCUGACCGAUCGGCUCAUGACGAGUCGCCGGGAAACAACGUAGUGGACAUCAGCGUCCCGCCGACUACAGAUGGCCAGAAGGGCAACAAACUGCAGUGCUGCCAAAACCUGUAACCAUGACAACCAGCCCUCACCUGUCACUCAUCUUGUCUCCCUCUACAUGUCGUGCCACUAACAUUCUCAGUUUUAUUUGUGUAAUAUAA